GGCUCUGCCGGCUGGGGAGGGGAGCCCCGGGCCAGCCCUGCCGGGACUGGGACUGUGCGCCUGGCUCCUGGCCCUCGUUCAGCCCUGACUGUGGCAGGAGAGCAAGCUUUGCCGUGGCAGUUGCCUGAGGAUGAUGCCUCAGCUUCAGUUCAAAGAUGCCUUUUGGUGCAGGGACUUCACCGCCCACACGGGCUACGAGGUGUUGCUGCAGCGGCUGCUGGAUGGCAGGAAGAUGUGCAAGGACGUGGAGGAGCUGCUGAGACAGAGGGCCCAGGCGGAGGAGCGGUAUGGAAAGGAACUGGUGCAGAUCGCCCGCAAGGCAGGCGGCCAGACAGAGAUCAACUCCCUGAGGGCCUCCUUUGACUCUCUGAAGCAGCAAAUGGAGAAUGUGGGCAGCUCCCACAUCCAGCUGGCCCUCGCCCUGCGCGAGGAGCUGCGGAGCCUGGAGGAGUUCCGUGAGAGGCAGAAGGAGCAGAGGAAGAAGUACGAGGCUGUCAUGGACCGUGUCCAGAAGAGCAAGCUGUCGCUCCACAAGAAGGCCUUGGAGUCCAAGAAGACGUAUGAGCAAAAGUGCCGGGAUGCAGAUGACGCUGAACAGGCCUUUGAGCGCAUUAGCACCAACGGUCAACAGAAGCAGGUGGAGAAGAGCCAGAACAAAGCCAAGCAAUGCAAGGACUCAGCCCUGGAGGCAGAGCGGGUGUACAGGCAGAACAUCGAGCAGCUGGAGAGGGUGCGGAAUGAGUGGGAGCAGGAGCACCGGGCCACCUGUGAGGCCUUCCAGUUGCAGGAGUUUGAUCGGCUGACCAUCCUCCGCAACUCUCUGUGGGUGCACUGCAACCAGCUUUCCAUGCAGUGCGUCAAGGACGAUGAGCUCUACGAAGAGGUGCGGGUGACGCUGGAAGGCUGCAGUGUAGACGCCGACAUUGACGGCUUCAUCCAGGCCAAGAGCACAGGCACCGAGCCCCCAGCGCCGGUGCCUUACCAGAACUACUACGAUCGGGAGGUGGCCCCGUUGUCCAGCAGCCCUGGCGUCCAGCCGUCCUGUGGCAUGAUAAAGAGGUUUUCUGGGCUGCUGCACGGAAGUCCCAAGACCACACUUUCAGCGGCUUCUGCGGCCUCCACAGAGACCCUGACUCCUACCCCUGACCGGAAUGAGGGUGUCUACGCUGCCAUCGCCGUGCAGGAGGCGCCAGGGCCCCCCACCGUGCCAGGCCAGGACUAUAGGGCACUCUAUGACUACACAGCCCAGAACUCCGAUGAGCUGAAUAUCUCUGCGGGGGACAUCCUGGAGGUCAUCCUGGAAGGGGAGGACGGCUGGUGGACGGUACAACGGAACGGGCAGCGUGGCUUUGUCCCUGGCUCCUACCUGGAGAAGAUUUAAGGAAGAGACAGAAGCCCCUCCCUGGACCUGUCCUGCCCGUGGGGCCAGCCGUGCCCCCACCACCC